AUGUUAAAAAUUGGCGAAAUACUUCGCGAAAGGUAUAUAAUCGAGAAAAAAUUGGGUCGCAGUAAUUAUAAUCAAAUUUAUCGUGCCUAUGAUAAUGUUAAAUCACGACCUGUGGCAGUAAAAAUUGCAACACCUAAAUUGGAUCCAAGACGAAUGAAAAUUGAACAAAUGGUUUUAACUUUAUUACGCGGAAAGAAUCAUUUUGUGACAUUAAUUAGUAUGGGACAAAUUCAUGAUGUGCCAUAUCUUGUUAUGGACCUUGUUGGCCGUAACUUGGCUGAUAUACGUGGACUGUAUCCACCUAAACAAUUUCAACCAAUUACUGUUUAUCGAAUAUCCAUGCAAGUUAUAAGUGCAUUACGCGACAUGCAUACUGCUGGUUUUUUACAUCGUAACAUUAAACCAUCAAAUAUUUGCAUUGGUAGAGGUGCACAAAAACGAGUAAUUUAUCUUCUUGAUCAUGGUAUGGCACGAAUGUUUACCGAAAUAGACGGUAGAAUUCGGAAGCCACGUGAUCAUGCAGGUUUUCGGGGUACGCUGCGUUACGUGUCAUUAACAGUGCAUUCACGUGCUGAAAGAACUCCGCGUGAUGAUCUAAUUGCAUGGUUUUAUUCAAUGAUUGAAUUAAUCAAUGGAAAGUUACCAUGGAGCAAUUUGAUUGCAGCAAAAGAUAUCGAAGAAGCAAAAAGGAAUGAAACAUUUGAAAAUUUAUGCAAAGAUCAACCAAAUAUAUCAUUGGAAUUUGCUAAAGUUAAAAAUUAA